CACAAUGGCAACAUCAACACAAAGAACACAAAUCAAUAAUUGAUUUCCUUGACCGUAAAUAAAUGGGAAAUGUUCAAUGGUUUCUUUUUACGUAUUGGAUAAAUAUAGCAGGUGCAUCUGACAAAGUAGCAGCUUCACUCAUGCACUGAAAAAUAAAAAGCAUGUCUAUGAAAUGAUGAUGAGAUAUUCGCAUUUGAUUAAGAAUGACUGAACAUUGGUCAAGAGAAUUUUAACAUUUUGAGACCAGGAUUUUAUUGGUUGCUGCAAUCAGGACUUCUACAUAGAUCAAAUCUUAACAACAGUUUCCUGUAUAUUGAUGUAAACUAUAAUCCUACUAAUUAACAGGACAGUAAUUACCGUACUGGAGUACCUAAGCUACCUUGAACCUUGAUAAUUUGUUAACCUGAUGAAGAAGAAUGGGUAAAGGAAGACAUCAGACAACAACAGACAAUGGACAACUCACUCCUCCGGACGGGGGAUGGGGUUGGGCUGUUGUCUUAGGAUCAUUUAUGUUACAUAUUAUUGCUGAUGGAAUUGUCUACUCAUUUGGAGUAUUUUACAUUGAGUUUUUAGAUGAGUUUAAGGAAAGUAAAGGAGACACAGCCUGGAUAGGGUCACUUGUUCCUGGAGUUUGUCUCCUUGUUGGUCCUGUAUCAAGUGCUUUGACAAAUCGUUAUGGAUGUCGGAAAGUUACUGUAGUUGGAGCACUGCUAGCAUCAUUAGGAUUUAUUCUGAGUUUAUUUGCACCAAAUAUCUACUACUUAUACGUUACAUUUGGUAUCUUAUCAGGUUUGGGUUUUGGAUUAAUGUACUUGCCAGCCAUUGUGAGCGUGUCACAUUAUUUUGAUACAAAGAGAUCAUUUGCUACCGGACUAGCUGUGUGUGGGUCAGGUAUAGGUACAUUUAUAUUUGCUCCUCUGUCUAAAUUUUUGGUAGAUGAAUACAAGUGGCAGGGAGCUGCUCUUAUAGAAGCAGGGAUUAUUUUGAACUGUAUUCUUUGUGGUGCUUUAUUUAGACCAUUAACUUACAGUGUGUCAGAUAAUGAUGAAGAAAAUGGUGGACUACAUAGUACUGAAAAGGAAGUGCUUCUUGAAAAGAAAUCACAGAAUGGAAGUACUGGAGAUCACAUUCCAGUUAUUAAAGUGAAUGGGGAAAGAAAACCGAUUAAAGAUCAUGUACUUGAUCAAUUAAGGAUGACAGAAACAAAUAAUGUAAAUAUGUUCAGAAGUGAUGGAGCUAUUCAUACAGUUAAUGGGAAUUAUUCAGAACCAUCAUCACCAUUGUCAGCCAUUGUUGUUCCAUCAUUUAAUCGUCAACAUUCUUUUACACCUGUCCAGAGAACAACUGGUUCAAGUGUUUUCAAUAGAAAAGAUAUAUUUUAUAGCGGAAGUUUAAUGAACAUUCCACAGUACAAGUCCAGUCCAGAGAUGUAUAUAACGAGUAUUCAGUCCAUACCAGAAAUGAUAUCUGAUGAUAAAGAAUGGUGUCUUAUACGCUGUCUCAAUUUGUCACCAGAAAUGAAGGAUGCCAUUCAUCAAAUGUUAGACUUUUCCUUGCUUAAGGAUGUUAUAUUUGUACUGUUUGUUAUUUCAAACAUUUGCACCAGUAUUGGUUUUAACAUGCCUUAUAUAUAUCUACCAGCUUGUGCCCAGGAAGCUGGAAUAGACGAAAACAGUAGUGCCUUUUUAGUUUCUAUAAUUGGUAUAACCAAUACAAUUGGUCGUAUUGUUUUUGGCUGGAUGGCGGACAGACCAUGGGUUAAUAGACUGAUGUUGUACAACACUGCCUUGGUUAUAUGUGGUGUUGCUACUGCCUUGAGUCCUUUAAGUGACAGUUUACCAUACCUCCAAGGUUAUGCAGCUGUAUUUGGUGCAUUUAUAGGUGUAUAUGUAGGACUUACAUCUGUUGUAUUAGUGGACUUGUUAGGGAUAGAUAAACUGACCAAUGCUUUUGGUUUACUUCUAAUGUUCCAGGGAGUGGCUACUCUGAUUGGCCCACCAAUUGCAGGCUGGUUGUAUGAUGCGACAGGAAGUUAUGAUAUAUCAUUUUAUGUUGCUGGAACUGUGGUAGCUUUUAGUGGUGCUAUACUAUACAUCAUUCCUGUAAUACAGAAAUGUACCGGACGGAAGUCAUAUUCAAGAAACACAGAGUUUGUUGUUGAUAAUCCAGAUACUUCUAACAAUGAAUUGAAAGAAGUAGAAAUGUCAGAGAUAAAGCAGACUUGAAAAAAAUUGUGAUAGAUGUCUCAUUUGAAUAUGAAUUAGUGUAUCAAAAUACACAAGAUUAGAAUUAUUUUUGUGAUCAUCAAUUUCACAACGAAAUGUUAAUGAUUUAAAUCAAAUAUAUGUACAUAGUACACUUAAUUAUAUAUAUAUGUAUAUUUGCUAUGUUAAUAAAGCUGGUUCAUAUGGUUGAAUACAGAUCUUAUACAAACUAUCUAUUAUAUAGGUUAUACAAAAAUAUAUAUAGGUUUGUACUACUAAACACGUUAAGAAGCAAUUUGAUUAAAAAAAAUUAAAGCUACAUCAAAGAACAAGAUAAUAAAAGAUAAAAUGAUAACUUUAAUUUGGUAAAUGGUCAGUUUUGUAGGUUGUCAUUUGAAGAAUCAAAAGAAAGGAUGACAUUUUAAAUCUAAAUAACUAUACUAAAUUGGAAACAAAGAAAUGCCAGUACUUUCGUUUUUAGAUUGCAACAGAUUUUUUAGCAGUUAAGUAUUGAUUUACUUUUAUGUUUCAGACAACAAAAGAAGUAGUUAUAAGACUGUGUUUGGUUUAACAAUCAUAUAAACUAUAUUGUCUUCUGUGUCCACUAAUUAUUAUUUUAUAUGAAUAGUUCUUAUAUGACAGUGAAAGGUACUAUAUGUGUUGUUUGUUAUUUUUUUGUCUUUGUUUGAGUGACUAUAUUAUUUUUAGGGAAUCAGAUGUUAGUUGGUUUAUAUUUUCUGUUGUGCUGUCCAGUAUUUUUUGUGAUUUGUGUUAUCAUUUUUAUGUAUUAAAAUUACUAGCCUGUCUUAUCCCAUCACAGUAUAAUCUAGGCUUUGGUGACUUGGUUAGAAUUUCUCAUGUAAAGCAAAAAACAGACAAUGAUAAUAUUUUAUUGUUUCAAUAUCAUAAAAUUAUCAUUUAAUUGAUUCAGUAUAGUAAUAUAUGUACAGUUUCUUUGUUUUAAAAUGAUUAAAUCUGUGUGAAAUUUCUGAGAUUUUUAUGUAUUUUUGUGGGAAAACAGAAUUUUGAUUGUACUUAACUUCAAUUAUAUCUGAGGAAACAAUGCCCUGUUUAAAAAAAAACUAAUUUGGAAAAAUAUCUUUAAAAAACUCAUUGACAAUCUAGUUAUUGCUACAAUGGAAUUAUAUUAAAAAAUAAAACACUAUCUUUGAAUUCAUAAAAAUAAAUUCUCUGAUAUAUUUUUUAACUUUUCUUUUUGUCAAACUUGUACAAAAUAAAACAUCAUUUUUGUAAGACAAGAAAGACACUUGAUGGUUUUAUUAAUUUUUAGGGCAAUGAUUUAGUUUCUAGACUAUAUUUAGAAGUUUAAACACAUUUAUUAUAUGUAUGAGUGAAUAUUUAGCUAUGUAAUUUUUCUCUUUAAUUGAAAAAGUCUACAAAAUAUAUUACCUCUGAAUGGUUUUUGCAGGUAAAGGAGACAAUCAAAGAUAUAUAUUUUUUCCCAUUUUGUUUAUAUAUAUAUGUAUAUGAUUAUAUUAAUUAUAUAAAUAUGUAUAUGUAUAUUUUCUCGAAACUGUUUUUAUAAACAUAUUGAUUUGUAUUAAUAAAUUCUUUUGACCUUCAUAUAUCCUAGAUGUAGUUCAAUUACCUAACAUUCUAAAAUACUGUGGAUACCAAUUGUUCAAUCCAAUAAAAAAUGUGACAUCAUAAAAUUGUGUAUCUUCAAUAAUUUAGUAAAAUGAAAAAGAGUAAUCUCCCUUGCUUUAAAAUCUGGGUUUUUUUUCUAAUGUGCUUCAACUAGGGAAUCAUAUCUGUUAACCUUUUGGGUGUCUAUAGAAGGAUGGGAAUUGGGUACCACAUUUGAUAAUUAACAGUAAAAUGUUUGCUAAAAUGUAAUUAACAAUUUCUCCAUUAGAUGCUUACUGUAGUAAUAAAAUACCAUGUUUUGAAUGACAAUUUAGAAAUUUAAGGCUAGUUUGAGGUUGUACUGGAAGCUAAAGGGAGGACUUCCUAAUUGCCUCAUAUAUUUGUAUGAAUAUUGGAAUCAUCUUGGGUUUUCUAUCCCAUGAAGCUGUUAUAGUGUUUGUUAAUUUUUCAUUCAAUUGUUGUUUUAUUGAUCAUUGUUUUGUAUGUUUUACUUGUUUGUUUUGUAGAAAUAUAAGUUUGAUUUGUAGUUUUAUUAAAGACAAAACAUAACUUUAUGAACUUGUAAAUCUGAGAAAACAAGUGAUCUUUUAAUAAUUUCUUUUUAAUGUUUAGAAGAUUUUACAGCUGAAUAAUCAUGUCUAGUUAAUGAUAUGAGUUUUAUUUUGUAUACAUUUUUUAAUUAAAAUUUUUCAAACAUUUGGAAGAUGCUUUUAAUGCCAGAAAAAUAUACAUAUAUAUAAAUCAUAUUUUUUACACAAAACUAUUUUUUUAUGAGAGUCAAAAGCAUUCAAAAUGUCUUAAAAGAAUCAAGCAUGUGAUUGCUAUCCAACUAGGAAAAGGUGUGAUUGAGCUUUAGAAGAACUUUUCAGUAUAAUUACAUUCACUGACUGCCAAUUUUAGCUGUUUUGUGUUCUUUUCAAAAGAUUUUAAAUAGUAUGCAAAUGCAUUCUAAUAGUAAUAUAGAGUCAAUCUUGGACAUUAAAUACUGGCAAUGGUUGAAAAACUUAAAAUAAAGUUUAUUACUUUUACGACAUGUAGAUUCUUGGUUGUUAAUGUCCUCUUAAAAAAAUUUCUGUGUGUUUUAUUUCAAUAUUAUUAUCUUCCAUCGAAAUGCAAUAUUUUAGCUGAUAGUUUGUGCAAUAAUUUGUAUAAUAGCUUUACAACUUUUAUUAUAUUUAUCUAUUUUAUUAUUUUUAAAUUAUACACAAACAUUUUUCUGUAGUAGAUCAAUUUCAUAACCUGUCACAUUUGUUAUACAUAUGCAUUUAGAAUGUUAUUGUUUAUCUUAUUUGAAUGUUAAGUUAUCUGAAUCAUAGGGCUACAUAAGCUAUUGUCAUCACUUGGCAUGUUACAUCUUUCAUUAAUAUGAUUAAAGACUUGAAAUUUUCAUGUUUUUCUGCUUUGAAUAAACAAGGUAAGCUAUAUUCAAGUUUAACAAAAGUAAUGAUUGGCUUCCGUUUUGCCUCACUUCAGGCAGAUCAGGUGAAAUUAUAAAUAAGUUAUGAUUCCGCUUAGAAUCAUAUUCAGUUCUGUUUUUGAUUUUUACAGAUUCCAUUUUUUCUCUGAAAAACUAAAUCAAAUCUUGCUGAAAUGUUAUCCUUUAAAAACCUCUUUCAAAUCUUGUUUGUAAAGGACCAAUUUCUACUAAAUUUUAAAUAUAAAAAUCAACAGAGGAAAAUAGUGUUAUUGGGACCUAUAGUCUUGGUUUAUUAUACUUUUAAAAUUAAGAUUUAAAUUGUUAAAAAAAUGAAACAGUUAUUAAGAACAGUUUAUUUGUGGCAUUAGAUUUUGAGUACAGAUGAAAAUUUACUUUAACAAAAAUCAAGUCCAUGUUUGAAAGAAAGUGUUCAAUUCAGGACCAAUUUUAACUUGAAAUGAAAGUGAAAUUCUCCAUUAAUUGGUGAUUAAGAAUGUAAAUAUUUUUCUUGACUAGAUAUAUAUGCUAAAUAUUUAUAUUCAAAAGAGUAUCACACACAUGUAAUAUGAAUGUUCUGUGAAUAUUUCUUUAAAUGAUAUAUUAAUGAUUUACUGUUAUGUACAAACAAUUCCUUCUACAAUAACUCAUUAAAAUCAAACUAAUCUUUACAGAAAUGAUUAUUCUGGUAUUAUGAUGAUAUUAAAUGUGUACAAUUUUAUUAACAAAAUUGUUUGAUAAAAAAAGUAAAAGUUAUUGUAUUUAAAAGAUAUGUAGAUAA